AUGAGUCUUCGCAGAUUCUACAAUGAGGUUUCCGUCGCUGAUCAUGUUGUAAAAGCCUGUGCGUGGACCGACAGUUCGGUAGAUUUCGUCUAUGGGGAUGGCACGGUGCUUUCAUUCUGUGAUGAGAUGCAAACGUUUGUUGCUAUUGAUGGAAGUAUGGGGGCACGCAGCCGUCUUGACAUAAGCGAAACAGGCGAUGAAGGGAAGGGAGGUGAUUAUUAUUUUACUGCCCUCACUCUCUCAAAGUACGAGAAAAAGGUAAGUGAGGCUUUGCAGAUAUAUAAUUACUACUCUCCUCAUCCACGUGUCAUUUCUGGGCUCACAGUGACACCAUGUGAAGUGUGGCGGCACCCAGGCCCCAUUGACUCUCUCGUGGUAGCUGUUGACCGAAGGCUAUUUGAGCGUUGCGGAUCGCGAGCCACACUGUGGUGUGCACUGCGACGUGUCUCACUGACACUUCACGGUGGACGAAUGACUUUUUCAGUGCGUUGGCCGGCACCAGCUGUGGAGAGGAGCGGAGCAAGGUCUAUUUUUGUUCGCCCCACUGAUUCACGGGGGUUCAUCACAGGGACCGUUGAUAGUCUACGGGCCUUUCAUUAUGUGUGGAUGGAGCAAACGUUUCCUCUCAUUGACCCGCCACGUGAGUGGAUUCGUAUGCUUGAGGUUGCCCUCCAGUUCGAUGAGGAGUUACCAGCGGAUCAUACCCCAGCAGAGGCCGCAGCAUUAGCUACUGAAGAUGAAGAGUGUCGCAUGUACUACGAGACAACACCUCGCACAGCGCAAGAUCAUAAACCUUGCCGUUUCUCUUCCAUCCGGUAUGAUCAUGUACACGCACUCAUUGCCAACCCACAGAUGCAAAAUGCCAUGUGCAAUGGACAGAUACGUAAUCCGCGAGAGCGGGUUGUGUGGCGCUACGACGCCGACCCUAUGGGUCGUGUACCGCAUGCAAUUUACUGGGGCCUUGGUGUUUGCGAGACCAAAGAUGUGCGACAUUCAUUGUGCCUUCCUGAAGGACGUAAAGCAAGUUGGCCGAAUAGUGGUGUUAAUAGGGAGAAUACUCGUACUGUUGACGCAUCAGCAACGUCAGGGCCCCGCGAACCAUAUUUCGUAGCCGGAUCCGUACUUUGUAUGAUACGAGAAGAUGAAAGCGUUGCGUUGGUGGAACCAAUAGGUGAAAGUUAUGUCGUGCAUCACUGGCGUCGCAGUGGUGGAUACAAGGUGUACCAUCAAAGCGCGGAUGGACUAUUAGGCCUCCCACCUGUUAUUCCUCCGGAGCAACAUGAGGGACCGUUGAGUAAUAAUGGAAACAGUCAACUCCCUCCAGAAGAUCCAUCAUCACCGCCAGUCCCAGAAGGCGAGUACAGCGAUGGUGUUGUCAUGUCAAGGGCUGGAGGAUCACUACUUUACUUUAGUAGUGUAUUGGAAGAGGCGCCAUUUGCUGUUGCUCAGCGUGGUCGUUACCUCCCGGAAGUGGGUGGUUCUUGCAUUGAAAUAUCACAACGGAAUAUUGCUGCAGCGCGUGUAGAAAAGCAACGGGAAAUGUUUGACGAAAUAGCGGGCUUUGAUUUGAGGUUUGCUCUUGCAAACGGGGCCGACAGGAUUGCUAGAAGUGCCACCGCAUGCUCCACGUCUGGGUUGACCAUAGGCCCGAUAUCACCUUCAGAUGCAGCAGAAGCCGCCAUCGACCGUACGCAAAUGCGUAUGGUAAGCGACGACCCCGCAAUCAAUGCUGCGGCUACCGCUGGAAGUGUUGUGUUCCUCACAAGUGCCAUCGAUGGGAUCGGUACGUUUGCCGCACUAACGAAUGGCACGGUGCGGUGUCAUUUUGACGACCGAACGAUUUUAUAUCUUAUUCCAGGUGGGGAUGACAAGGAAGAGAACCUUGUGGCUACGUGUCUCUUCCGUGACGCUACUCAGUGUUCCAUACGUCUGUCGAAGUGUCUCAAUAAUAACCCGAUGUUUCAGUAUGUGGCGUACGCUUUGCGCUUUCGUCGGUUCGUACGCCUCUCUCCUGAGGCGCGGAAUGCCGUUGUGGAAGGCACAAAUGAGCUUAAACUACAGUUUCUAGAGGAGACAGAAUGGCAGCAAACAAACCAAGUGGAGCGGAACCUUCAGGCUCUGUUUGAGCGCACGAGGGAGCUUCUGGACGGGAGUGAUAAGUUAUGCCGGACAAAUCGAUCGCUACUAAACCGAGACGAUUCGACUUAUUUCACUUGA